GGGGACGCCACUUUCACUUUCUCUUCCGCCGAGACUGCUCCCCUCCUCCUCUCGACUAGCUGGGGCGGGAGGGGAGGGAGUUGGGCUGAAAUCUCGGGCGCCCGGGGCGCUCCCAGCACGGAAAAGUAGAGGCCCUGCUCGGGGCCUUCUGGCGUCCGGGCUCUGCGGUAUCGUUCUCCCCUCCCCCAUCCCGGCCUGUCCCUUUAUUUUGUCGCCCAUUGCGGGCUUGGCUCGUGCCCCCUGCACUUACUACGCGGGGUUCCGACUUGUCCCCUAUCCCUGGCCUCGUCCCCUAUCCGUGGGUAGUGCGAUGCCUCCCGACUGCUGAGGGGGACACCGAGGCACAAAGAGGUCUCCAACCGCGCCAGAGGCCACUGGCCGGGGUUGAGUAGCUUUUCGUUGCCCGCGGUCUUCCAGGUGACCCAGAGGUAGCGUUUCUCCGGAGCGGCAGCCCCCGCCUUGGGGGAUGGGCGCAGCCACGCCAGAUGGACGAGAAGACCAAGAAAGCUGAGGAGAUGGCCCUGAGACUCGCCCGAGCAGUGGCGGGUGGGGAUGAAAAGGUGGCUGUGCAGUGUGCCAUCUGGCUGGCAGAGCAACGGGUGCCCGUGAAUGUGCAAUUGAAGCCUGAGAUCUCCUCAACACAGGACAUCAGGCUGUGUGUCAGUGUGGAGGAUGCUCAGAUGCACACUGUCACCAUCUGGCUCACAGUACGCCCUGACAUGACGGUGGCUUCCCUCAAGGACAUGGUGUUCCUAGACUAUGGCUUCCCGCCAGCCCUGCAGCAGUGGGUGAUUGGGCAGCGGUUGGCCCGGGACCAGGAGACCCUGCAUUCCCAUGGGGUGCGGCGGAAUGGCGACAGUGCUUACCUCUAUCUCCUGUCAGCCUGCAACACCACACUCAACCCCCAGGAGCUGCAGCGGGAGCGUCAGUUGCGGAUGCUGGAAGAUCUGGGCUUCAAAGACCUCACGCUGCAGCCCCGGGGCCCACUAGAGCCGGUGCCUUUGAAGCCUGGGGCCCCCCAGGAGCUGGUGCAGAGGCAGCCUGACCCCAUACCUGAGCCCCCGCCGGUGGGCUGGCAGUGCCCUGGCUGUACCUUCAUCAACAAGCCCACGCGGCCUGGCUGCGAGAUGUGCUGCCGGGCACGGCCUGAGGCCUACCAGGUGCCCCCCUCAUACCAGCCCGAUGCUGAGGAGCUAGCACGCCUGGCAGGCGAGGAGGAAGCCCUGCGCAAGUACCAGCAGCGGAAGCAGCAGCAGCAGGAGGGGAACUACCUGCAGCACAUCCAGCUGGAUCAGAGGAGCCUGGUGCUGAACACCGAACCCACCGAAUGCCCCGUGUGCUACUUGGUGCUGGCGCCAGGCGAGGCUGUUGUGCUUCGGGAGUGUCUGCACGCCUUCUGCAGGGAGUGUCUGCAGGGUACCAUCCGAAACAGCCAGGAGGCCGAGGUUGCCUGCCCCUUCAUUGACAACACCUACUCGUGCUCGGGCAAGCUGCUGGAGAGGGAGAUCCGGGCGCUGCUGACGCCAGAGGAUUACCAGCGGUUUCUGGACCUGGGUGUCUCCCUCGCAGAGAAUCGAAGUGCCUUCAGCUACCACUGCAAGACGCCAGACUGCAAGGGGUGGUGCUUCUUUGAAGAUGAUGUUAAUGAGUUCACCUGCCCUGUGUGUUUCCACGUCAACUGCCUGCUCUGCAAGGCCAUCCACGAGCACAUGAACUGCAAGGAGUACCAGGAUGACCUGGCCCUGCGGGCUCAGAAUGAUGUGGCUGCCCGGCAGACAACAGAGAUGCUGAGGUCCAUGCUGCAGCAGGGUGAGGCCAUGCACUGCCCGCAGUGCCAGAUUGUGGUGCAGAAGAAGGAUGGCUGCGACUGGAUCCGCUGCACUGUCUGCCACACCGAGAUCUGCUGGGUCACCAAGGGCCCACGCUGGGGCCCAGGGGGCCCAGGAGAUACCAGCGGGGGCUGCCGCUGCCGGAUGAAUGGGAUUCCUUGCCACCCCAGCUGUCAGAACUGCCACUGAGCUGAGGAUGGCUUCGUCCCCACGCUGACCCAGCCCCAUGUCCGCAAGCUGCUGUGGGACAGAGCAGGUGCUUUGGCUCUGAUUUCUGGCCUGGGAGAUGCCAAGGCCCCUGAGCUGCAUAGAUGGCCUUAUUUGCUAGGAAUGUUGCAAGGGCUCUCCCUGAGUUGGCUGCUGUCCACGGUCACCUCUGCCCCAGUGCCUUUGCCCUUCCCCUGGGGCUUGCUGGCCAGACCUCUCAUGUCUUUGUGGUUCCCACCUCUGCCUGACCCAGUCUUAAACACAGCCUUGGCCAGAGGCCUUGCUGGAUGGAGCCUCUGAGAGCCCAGUGUGAGUUCACACUCCCCAUCCACCAUCCCUGUCUGCUGAACGCUGAGCACUCACAGCCUGCCACUUCCUCUGUCACUUUCUGGGGGUGACUUUCUCCUCUGGCUUUGCUGUGGGAGGCCUGGAGCCUCUUAGAACUGCUGCUAAUCCUGUUCAGAGCCAAGAGGGAGACCUGGCAUUUUCUAAAGCACAGCCCAUCAGGUCCAGCUUCUAUGUCUCCCUCUUUGCUGCUGGUUUAAGCUAAUUAAAAUGGUUUUCCAGGAAGGGAUGAGUGUGUUGUCUGUGAGAUUGUGAGAAGGGCAUGGGCUGGGACUCUGCACACAGGCAGGAUCCCAAGCUCUCCGAGAACUGCAGCAGGUAGUAGAUAUGUGAGCCUCUUGGUAUCCGUGUCCAGUUUGAGGGGCAGGAUGUUCUUGGGUCUGCAUUCACCCAGACAGAAUUCACAGUGUGUGGAAUCCACAAAGCAGGGUCUGCAGAUCCCUGUGGGUUUGAGGGACAAGGAGGAGCUGAGGCAGCAGCUAUGGGCUGGCAGGAAAGUCUUGCUUCUCCCCUUUGGCUUCUCAGUGGGUGUCCAGGGUUGGGAAACAGACAUUUUAAGAUCAAGUGAAGCUGUGGCAAUUGAGGGAUGAGGCCAUCUUAAUGUUAACGUUACAAGCAAGAUGGUACAGUAUUGGUCCAGCAAUAUUUAUUAGUCCUCACUCUGUUGGUCAGAGAUUAAUAAAACAUGUUUCUGGCUGUCA